AUGGCUCCCAAGAAGACCACCACCCGCGCUCCCCAGGAGAACAUCUCCCUCGGACCCUCCGUUCGCGAUGGCGAGCUGGUCUUCGGCGUUGCCCGUAUCUUCGCCUCCUUCAACGAUACCUUCGUCCAUGUCACCGAUCUGAGUGGCCGUGAGACCAUCACCCGUGUUACUGGUGGUAUGAAGGUCAAGGCCGACCGUGACGAGUCCUCCCCCUACGCUGCCAUGUUGGCUGCCCAGGACGUCGCUGCCCGCUGCAAGGAGCUUGGCAUCAACGCUCUUCACAUCAAGAUCCGUGCCACUGGUGGUAACGGUACCAAGACCCCCGGUCCCGGUGCCCAGUCUGCUCUCCGUGCCCUCGCCCGUGCUGGCAUGAAGAUUGGCCGAAUUGAGGACGUUACCCCUACCCCCUCCGACUCUACCCGCAGAAAGGGUGGUCGCCGUGGUCGUCGUCUCUAA